AUGCACGGGUUAGUUUUCACUCACCUCUCGUGCCGAACGGUAGGCAUGCAUGGGUCAAGUUUUCACUCACCUCUCGUGCCGAACGACAGGCAGGCACGGGUCGAGUUUUCACUCACCUCUUCCUGCCGAUUCCCUUCCAAUCUUCAAACCAACCUCUUGGCUUGGGGACUUGGGGGACUACAUGAUCAUCACUGGCUUACAAACGACAGACGCUCGUUCCCGGGUCAGAAUGCCGGAGCUCAGGAACAAGCAAGUCCCCAACCAAGAAGUCCCUCCUCGAUCGGAAACUUGGGGGACUACUGUUUGUACCAUAUCUGA